UUGUCACUUCUGCAGAUGGGAGAUAUGAAGAAUUCCGCUAAUAUGUUGAUUUAAUUGUGUCUGACUUUUUUUUAUGACCAUGUUUGGUUCACCUUUCUAUUGUGGAUAGUCCAGCAUAACGUACUGGACACAAUAGAUUGCCAGGGUGAAUUAUGCGGCAAUAAAAGCUACAUGUACACUCGAUAGGAAAGCUCAGAGAUGCCUACGCGGUUCUAUUUAAGUAAGCUGGCUGGGUGACUGCAUUUUUUCCUCGAUGGUGUCCUUGUUCAUUGUAAUAAGCGUUAUGGUUCUUGAUCACUAUUGUCGUGGUAUGACCAGACAGCUUCAGGCCAACUGUGCCUUGUAUUGGCACGGACUGGUACUUCUGUGCUUGGUUUGACCCAAACAGACAUUUUGUUGUCCACAGCAUUUUAAUGCACAACUGGUGAAACGAACAGACUGAAGUGUAGCUUCUGUAAACACUUUAUUGAAACCAAACACUGAUCAUGUCUGAAGCUGAUUUGAAUUCGACCAUGGCUCAGAAUUUUGAAGAUAAAAAUCUGACUAUGGCCUCCACCACUGAAGCACCUUCUGAACUUCACCCAUACGGUGUUUUGGUGUUUGCAGCCUGUGCGUGGAUUAUCGUAGCUGUGUUGGGUAUAACAGGCAACACUAUGGUGAUUCUAGCGGCGAUUCUCAGUAAUCACGUCCGCACGACAACCAAUGUCCUGGUGGUCAACCUGAGUGUGGCUGAUCUGUGGACUUGCUUGGCUCUGCCUUGGACAAGCGUGGCUAGGUUGAGUGAUGGUACCUGGCCUCUUGCUAGCGUGAUCCCGUGCCAAAUAGCGGCGUUCAUGUGGCACACCGGUCUAGGAGCCAGCGUGUACAACCUGGCUUUGAUUGCGUUGAAUCGUCUGGUCAGGAUAACUCAAACAAUGGUCACCUACAAUCGCAUCUUCUCACCUCGCAAGAUGGUCUUCAUUGUAGCUUUAUCCUGGCUCAUCCCGAUCUUUGUUAUCGUCUUUCCACUUACUAUCGGUGUAGGUGCCCUAGGUUACGAUCUCAAAUUCGACACCUGUACAGAUGAUGACUUUCAUCCUCGUGCUAAUGACUACAACCUCGCCCAAACCAUCGGAUUCUACCCCAUCCCUAUGACCACUGUCAUCGUCAGCUAUGUCAUCAUCUAUGUCCAUGUCAGGCGUCACUUUAAAAAACAAAUCCCCAAGACAGGAAACGAAGACAUGGCCACAGAUGCCGGAGAGCCCAGUGCUACCACCAUGACAUCCAUGUCAACUACCGGUACUUCAGCUGCGGUUAUCGAGGGACGGGACGAAAGUGAAGGUGUGGCAAGAAAGCACAAAAUCAGCCAUCAGCAGCUCAAGAUUACUAAGAAUCUCUUCUGGGUCUUCUGCGCAUUCACGCUCUGCAUCUCGCCGUACUUCAUCUCACUCUUCUUUGCUAACAGUGAAGUCUUCGCUCUGUACGGCGCUACCAUCUUGAUCUGCAACAGCUGUGUUAAUCCGAUCAUCUACGGAGUCAAACACCCGCAGUUCAAGAAGGUCCUCCGGCCGAUGCUGAGGUGUAAGUGGCAGCAAAUACCUCAGCCGUCUACGACACUGCAAGCGAUCCUCUCAAUGCGCCAGAGAGUGAACAAAACUUGAGAACAAUCUGCUUACUUGGCAAACAUCAAGCACAGUAAUAAUGACGCUACUAAGCAGAUACACUGUGCCAAGUAUAGAUGUACAU